GGUGCCUGUUUUGACGUUUGCUCCCUGUCAACCUGAGAGGCACAGAAGUGAAGCUAGGACACGGACUAAUAAUACGGUCAAGCACAGUAUUUUUCGUCAUGGCAUUGAGAAGUGCUGCAUGCCGUCUGCUGGUCAACCCUCAGAGAUGUGCCAUCAUCUCAGCCUCCAGAGCACAGGGAACUGCAGCACCUGCUAGACUUGAUGCAGAGAAGACUGAGCAGAAGUCCAAAGCACCCAAGGUCCAGUUCAACUGGCGUGAUGCCCUGGAAUUGGAGGGUCAGCUGACUGAGGAAGAGGUCAUGAUCAGAGACUCCUUCCGGACCUACUGCCAGGAGAAACUCAUGCCCCGCAUUCUGAUGGCAAACAGAAAUGAAGUGUUCCACAGAGAGAUUGUGUCAGAGAUGGGUGAGCUGGGUGUCUUGGGCCCAACCAUCAAAGGUUAUGGCUGUGCUGGGACAAGCUAUGUGGCCUAUGGCUUGAUUGCAAGAGAAGUAGAGAGAGUGGACAGUGGCUACCGAUCUGUCAUGAGUGUGCAGUCCUCACUGGUCAUGCACCCCAUCAAUGCAUACGGCACAGAGGAGCAGAAACAGAAAUACCUUCCCAGGCUGGCUCGUGGGGAGAUUCUGGGCUGCUUUGGCUUGACGGAGCCGAACCACGGUAGUGACCCCGGCGGCAUGGAAACAAGAGCCAAGUACAAUCCAUCCAGUCGCACCUACACUCUCACUGGCUCAAAGACCUGGAUUACCAAUUCUCCAGUAGCGGAUAUUGCUGUAGUCUGGGCCAAAUGUGAGGAUGGGAAAGUUCGUGGCUUCAUCCUGGAGCGUGGCAUGAAGGGUCUCUCCACACCUAAGAUUGAGGGAAAGUUCUCCCUGAGGGCGUCUGCCACUGGUAUGAUCCUCAUGGAUGAGGUGGAGGUUCCUGAGGAGAACCUGCUGCCUAAAGCAACAGGCCUAGGGGGUCCUUUUGGCUGCUUGAACAACGCCCGGUACGGUAUCGCAUGGGGCGCUCUGGGUGCUGCAGAGUUCUGUUUCCACGCUGCUCGUCAGUACACACUAGACAGAAUCCAGUUUGGUGUGCCACUGGCCAGGAAUCAGCUGAUGCAGAAGAAAAUGGCUGACAUGCUGACAGAGAUCACCAUUGGGCUACAGUCCUGUCUGCAACUGGGAAGACUCAUCGAUGAGAAGAAAGCAGCCCCAGAAAUGAUCUCCAUGCUGAAGAGGAACAGCUGUGGAAAAGCCCUGGACAUCGCCAGGCAGGCCAGAGACAUGCUGGGAGGAAACGGAAUUGCUGAUGAGUACCACAUCAUCCGUCAUGUCAUGAACCUGGAAGCUGUCAACACUUACGAAGGUACCCAUGAUAUCCAUGCUUUGAUCCUGGGCAGAGCCAUCACCGGAUUGCAGUCUUUCACCGUGGGCAAAUAGAUCCGGCCUCAUAUUGUGUUCCUGUUCCUGGCAGAUAUCCAGCUAACAGGAACCUCCUGUCAGAAAUAUCAGUCUCCUGUCAUCUCUGUAAUAAGGCACAGCCAGUUUUCAAAUCACUUUGAUGGAUUGUCAUCUGUAUUAUGGCAGUGUUUUUUUUUUCUCUCUUAGGAUGGUAAAAUAUAUAUUUGAGAGAGAAAUAACAAGUCUGUCACUGAACUUGUGGACUCUUGUGGAGUGUAAUUAUUCAAAAACAGAUUUAUCAACUGUAAAGAGGGCUAUUUUUCUACUCUCAGUCCCCAUACCGAAGCAGUAGUUUAAGUUUCCAAUUUCCUAGAGUCGAACAGAGGUUAAAUUCAUUUAACAGAAUGUCAGGGUCAUUCACGCUUAUGACAGUAAGUAUAAACAGUUUUGAAUGAGGUCAUGAUCUGUAGUUAGGUUUGAAAAUGUAGAAUCAUUAGCUUACUGAUGUGCUGUGGUUAUUGACAUAAGCACAGUAAACACAACACUACUGUAAUUAGAGAGCAGCAGAAACUAAAUACCCCAACUUGUUUGCUUGUGAAGCCUCUUUUUUUUUUCUUAAAUAUUUCAUCUAACUAUGCUGCCGUUUUCAUUUCAUAAUUGGUGAAGGGUAAUCUUACUCAGCUGACCCCUCAAUUACUAUGUUCAAGUACACAAUUGUGGAAACUGUUAGCACUUUACUGACUCUAUUCAUCAGAUGUCAUCAUUUUGCAUGGUGUGUCAAAGGUCAAAAUUGUUCAUCAGCGCUUUUAAUAAAUAAAACUUAUUUAAACACUG